UCCUCAUAUGCAUCGAAUGUACCAAAUGUGCCCGAGUGCGGCAACACAUCAAUGACAUCCAGUGCCUUCUCCUAGGCACCCGCCAACAGCCAGCCCAACGUCUUCAAACGUGGCCCGGCGAGAAUACGAGUCAUGUACAGAAGCUGGGAGUGGCUGACUCUCGCUCCUGAGAAGAUUCACGCUUGUUACCGGAGUACCGACAUCGAGCUCGCUAGACCGUAUAAGGCGUCCCAGAUAGGAAAGUCAGUCAGGAUUGUUGCGCUUGCACUGAUGUAUACAGGCUGUCGGUUGAAGCCGCUGAUGCUGAGCAUAUCGGGAGGUCAAAAUAGUGAAUCUGACCGUAACCAGCUCAGCGCGAACGAUGAAGCAAGUCAAAGGCAACGAGAUGAUGAGAAUGAUAGAGAACACACGCACCAAGCUUUGCGAUCGUAGAAGCGCCACAAACGCGCCCACGUGACCAUUUGCGCAUGCCUCAAAGUCCAAGUGCCGUGGCGCAGCAUGACGCG